GCAAAAUAUUUACUCAAAGAGCCGAUAAGCCAGUUUCCCGACCGAAAAUGGAUUGCGAGAAUUACACGCCGGACGGGUAAAAACGGUAGAUUUUAAUGCGAUAUGCGACCGAUGCUUCGAGCACUCCAACAGCAGAUCGUAGUGAUUAGAAAAAAUAUCGUAACCUUGCCUAAAACCAGAUACAUGCACGAGUACUUGGCAACACCAUCGCGACGUCGUUUUCACACAAAUAAUAACGGCAGUUCCGAUAACUUAAAGGAUCUUUUUAAUAACAGCUUGAAAAAUAUGAGUGUUCAGAGUACCGUUGAAGAUUUGACGCAGAUUUGCAUUGAGCUGAAGAGAGUGGUCGAUGCUGCUAAGGACGACGACGAGAAAGAAAAAAUAGUACUGAAGCAUAUAAAAUCUUACGCUGACACUGGCCUUCGUGUUAGUGACUUUGCAAAAGGUCUGGAAUGGUUCAAUGUCUCUGAAAGUUUAUUCAUAUACAAACAUCUUGCUGGAAAAAUUGUCAUUUUAGAUUUCUUUACUUACUGUUGUAUCAAUUGUAUGCACAUAUUACCAGAUCUUAAUGCCUUAGAAAAACGUUUUUCCAUAAAAGAUGGUCUUGUUGUUGUUGGUGUACAUAGUGCAAAAUUUGCUAAUGAAAGGGAUUCUAAUAAAAUAGUUGCAGCUGUUCAAAGAUAUAAUAUAGGACAUCCCGUUGUAAAUGAUGCCAAACUUUUGAUGUGGCGAGAUAUUGGGAUUGUUUGUUGGCCAAGCUUAGUUAUGUUAGGUCCGAAAGGGCAGCCUCUAUUUGUUUUUGUUGGUGAAGGGCAUAAAGAUGAAUUAUUUUUAUAUACAAAAAUAGCUGUAAAGUACUUUAAAUCAUUGAAACAAAUUUGUAAUGAUCCUAUUCCACUCAAACUUGCUCAACAUAUUUUACCAAUGAACAAAGGCAGCUUAUUAUUCCCUGGAAAAGUUCAUGCAUUUAAAGCAGAAUCUGGAGAAAAAUUAGUAGUCUCAGACACUGGAAAUAACAGAAUUUUAAUUAUGGGCAAGGAUGGCAAAGUUGAACAUGUGGUUGGUGGAUAUUCUCCAGGAUUUAGAGAUGAUAAUUUUGAAGCAGCUAGGUUUAAUGCACCUCAGGGUAUUUGUGUAUUGAAGGACGUUGUGUUUGUUGCUGACAAUGAAAAUCAUACAAUCAGGAAAAUUAGCUUGAAAGACAAAACUGUCACAACUAUUGCUGGAAAUGGAUCCCAAGGGCAUGAUUAUACCGGUGGCAAGAUAGGAAAGGAACAAGCAUUAUCAUCUCCAUGGGAUGUGGCUAUUUAUCAACAUGAACAGAAUGGACAAACAGUUCCAGUUCUGAUAAUAGCUAUUGCAGGAACACAUCAAAUUUGGGCUUACUUUUUAGAAGAUACCACUUGGUGGAAAAAUAAGCAAUACAAGGCUGGGACAUGUGCUAAUAUAGUUGGAAAUGGACGAGAAGCUAAUAGAAAUAAUUCUUACCCUCACGCUGCAAGUUUAGCUCAACCAUCAGGAUUGGCUGUAGCUCAAGAAUUGAAAUCGGUGUUCUUUGCCGACAGUGAAAGUAGCACUGUUAGAAGAGUAUGUUUAGAUGAUGGAAAAGUUAUGCCUGUUUGUGGAGCUGACAAUAAUCCACAAAAUCUUCAUUGCUUUGGCGAUCAAGACGGUAAAAAGUAUUCAGCUAAAUUACAGCAUCCUUUGGGUGUAGCUUGGAACAGUGUUGAAAAAAUGGUAUACAUUGCCGACACCUACAAUCACAAAAUCAAGAAAACCGACAGCGAGGGUAAUUGCACGACAGUGUGUGCUACUGAAAAGGCAUACAAACAUAAUUCUUUCGAUGAACCAAGUGGAUUAGCGGUGAGCCAUAAUGGAGAAACGUUAUACAUUGCCGAUACGAAUAAUCACUGCAUCAAGGCCCUCGAUUUGAAAAAUGUUCAAAAUAUUAGCAUCAUUCCCAUCGACCUACCUGCAGAAGUGUGGAAUAGAGGUGAAAAUACAUACAAUUUCACUUCCAAAGUUAGUACAAACGACGCCGAUCUAUGCAUUUCAUUUGCUCUUAUUUUCAAAGAUGAUUUAAAAUUAAAUGCUGAAGCUCCGCAAAGAUGGGCUUUACAGUUACCGUCCAAUGAUUGGAAAGCUGUAGAAUCAAAUGGCGAUCUGUCAACUCCAUUGUCGAUAAAAAUACCACAGGGUAUCGAACAAAAGCAGAUGCACAUUAUGCUGGACGUAAUGGCAUGUCGUGCCACCGAAUGUAUUCCGAAGAAAUUAUCGAUUGUUUACACUAUUGUUAGAGAUGCUGGCGCGUCAGUAAAUGUUGUAGAGAAGAAGCAAUUGAAUAUUAAAUAAAAAUCAUGUUUUUAAAAUUGAAAUUUUAAUGCGAGCAAUAAUCGUGAUAUACAAUCGUAAUAUCACUAUUUUAUUCUAACGAAACAAUUUUACUGCUUUUUUUAAGAUUCUCAUUUUUUUUUAAUUUUAUUUAUACAUAUUUGAACUAGGCCAGUGUUUAAAAU